CACAAACACUGCUGAAGUUCGUUUGGUUUACAAACUGAAUUUGUGUACGACGUGCGUAGUUGAAAUAAAAUAGUUAAAACGAAGUUAGAAAUGUCGCAAGAGGCAACUUUAUUGCAUUGUUAUAAUCGUGGAUGUGGGAAAAUGUUUCAUCCGAACGAUAAUAAAGAAGGGGAUUGUAUUCAUCAUCCUGGUUACCCAAUAUUUCAUGAUGCUUAUAAAGGCUGGUCUUGUUGUAAUAAAAAGUGUACAGAUUUUACAGAAUUUUUAAAUAUCAAAGGUUGUACAAAAUCAUGUCAUUCAAAUGUAAAGCCACCAGAACCAGAAAAACCUGCAGUUGAUAAAUCAAAGUCUAGUGAAACAGUGGAAGUAAUUGCUCAAUCCCUUAAUAAUGGACCUGCCUUAGAAAGGCCUCCUUUUAACACUCCACAAAUUACUUUAACACCUACUGUGUCACCUACAUUAUUAGAACAAAUUAAAGGAUUAACUUCUUCUACAUUAAAAAGUGCAUCUGAAACUAAAGUUAAAAUUGGACAAAAUUGUAGAAACAAUUCAUGCAAUGCUAGAUAUAAUGGACCUGAAUCUGAUAAUGAAGUGUGUAAUCAUCAUCCUGGUGUACCUAUCUUCCAUGAAGGAAUGAAAUACUGGUCUUGCUGCCAAAAAAAGACAACAGAUUUCUCUGCAUUUUUAGAACAAUUACCUUGUGCACAAGGAACACAUGUAUGGAUUUCUAAGGAUACUGAUAAAAAAACUAAUUGCAGAAUGGAUUGGCAUCAAACAGGGUUAUUUGUUGUAGUAUCAGUUUAUGCUAGAAAAUAUCAACCAGAUCAAUCGUUUGUUAAAUUGAAUCCUAUACAUUUAACUGUGGAUUUGUUCUUUGUAGAAGACAGUUCCAGAUAUAUCCUUGAUUUAGAAUUAAGUGGAGUUGUUGAUGUUAUGCAAAGCCGUGUCAACAUGAUUUCUACAAAAGUAGAAAUUAAAUUAAGGAAAGCAGAACCUGGAUUAUGGGCAAAGCUUGAUGUUCCCAGAACAUGUGAAAUAGAAGUGAAAGAAAAUUCUCAAAAUGAUGAGAAUAUUAGUGCACAAGUUGAAGCUGUAGAUCUUAGUGAUCUCUAAAUAUUCAUAUUUAAACAAAGGAAUUGACUGUGUCAAAGUUAUGAGGAACCAGGCAAUGAGAAUCAAGAAUGAGGUGCACUUGCCUGCACUCACUGAGCCAUUAUUUUAUACUGCUGUUUAAGUCAAUGAUUUACAGCUGUUACCAAAACAAUGUGACAGGAAGAUUUUCUUGUAAGAGUGCAUUAAACUAAGCGAUUAUCCGUACUAGAAGACAUUUUUGAUUUCCGCAGAUAAUUUAAUUAUCGAUCAUAUAAG